CUGUCACCUGUCAUGUGUCCCAGAAGACACCGGACCAUUCACAAAGCGCAGCGCUUCUCGCGCAUGCGCAGUGGGCACCUGGCUGUCACAGAUGCCGGCGUGGGAAGACUGUACAGCACUGGACCGAGGAACAGGUAAGGUCCUGCAGCAGAGAACAGCUGAGCUGCCGGCCCAGUAUUCUGACAUGGUGGCGGCGGAAAUACCGGACCCGCCGCUUUAUAUUCACUCCAUAAGACGCACUGACAUUUCCCCCCCUUUUUUGGGGGGAAAAAAGUGCGUCUUAUAGA